AUGCAUGCUGCCUUAUUUUAUGAGGUACGAUUAUAUGAGGUACCUUAUUACGCAAGAUGGGGACCAAUCUAUCUCGCAGAGAUGCAUCAGUUACCGGAAAAAGUGCUUGAGGAAUUUAAGAAGGGCAAUUUCGUUGUCAAACGAUCUGCAGCCGAUUUCAACCAAGUGAGCCCAGACCAAGCUCAAGAAUGGUUGAAUGCGACUGGAAAGAAAGGCGGAGGUGUGGUGGGUAUAACCAAAACAGCUUCAGCAUUAAGCAGAUGGGCUCUCUCAUACAAUCUGCGUUCUCAUGUCGCCGCUGAAACUGCACUGAUGUUCAACUGUAAAACGGAUGACAGCCUAAUUCACAAAGAGGGUGGACUAUCAAGGCAAAUUCACGACAAUGAUGCGGAGAAUGCACUGUACUUGACAUUGCAGAGGUUUAAUGCUUUUUCCUUGUGUGUGUCAAACGAAGAAUUACAGAAUAUCGCGACCAAGGACUUGGCAACCUCGGAGAUUGAGCAGUCGUUGCUAAAUGCACGAAGUUUGGGACAGUCCCAACUCGAAGAGUUUGUUAAGGUUAGAGUUCUACAAAAUGCGGAACAAGAGCCUAAAACUACGUUCCGUGAUUCCCUUUCCAAGAACAAGCCCCUCACAUUUGCCAACCUCUACGAAGUAAUGAAAGGGGAGGCAUCAACGGAGAGGAGGCGGAUACCCGCAUUGUGUUACAUGUUAUACACAACAACGGGUUUGCUCAGAAUGUUGUCGUUUCAGCCCGUGACACAGAUGUGCUACUGCUGUUGUUGGCCCAUCUACAUCUGAUAACUUCGAAAGUCUGGAUUGCAGCAGGAACUGCUAAGAAACCCACAUUUAUCCCUUUAGACGAUGUCUAUCGUAAGCUUCCAGCAGAAUCAGAGAAGGCCAUUCUACAAUUUCAUGCGAUCACCGGCUGCGACACCACCUCGUACCUGUUUGGUCACUCCAAGAAGACCUCAUGGACGGUGUUGAAAGAUUACUUUCAUCUGCUCCUUUCCCUCGGAGAAGGAACUCUGACAACAGACACACUUAAAAGAGCAGAAACGUUUGUUUGCAGAAUCUACAAGACAAAAGUACCAUCCGUGGAUAUGGCUCGAUUUCUGCUAUUUGCUAAGGCUGGUACUCCAGAUAUACUUCCACCAACAAGCGACGCCGUGAAGUACCAUAUAAUGAGAGCUCAUUAUCAGGCUAUGGUGUGGCGACAGGUGCAUUGUCGAAAGCAAAUUCUGCCUAAGCCUGAGGAAUCUGGUUGGAAACUUAUGGAUGACAAGCUGGUUCCAGUCCUGAUGACACGUGACCCAAUUCCGAAAGCAUGUGUGGAGAUGAUUACAUGCAAGUGCACCACUGGUUGUGCAACUCUGCGGUGCAAGUGCAAGAAAGCAAAUAUUGUGUGUUCCGGACUAUGUUGCUGCGGCAAAUCGGAGAACGACUUAUCCAUUAAUAAGCUACCACAGAGCAUGUCCAUGAUGUGCCUCUGA